CUGUUCUCGUGGACAGUCAUGGUUUCCCUGGAUGUAGUUGGUGUAUUUCUCCUCUGUUGGACCCUCUUUCAACCCCCCCAGGUGGCAGCAUUCAAACCUCUCUUUCUGGACGGCUCCGUCACCCAUCGAGAAAUCACUCAGAUGGCCAUCCUCCGCAAGGCAGCAGAAGUGUGUCAUGACAUAGCCACUGCCAAGGGGCACGACUUCACAUUGCCUAUAAACAACAGGUUGACUCCAUCUGCUGUCCACAGCGCCUGCUCAACAUCUUCUGAUUCAUCUUCUGCCCUCUCUACCCUCGGUUUUUAUUCAGCUAUAACAGAAAUUUAUCUAAGCAACGCAGCUGUAGAUCAAGUUUUUGCAUUUAGUGAGGCACAUCACAUAGAUAAUGAGGCUUUCAGUGAGGGCCGGGGUCUCAUCACUCGUGGUGUGGCUGCAGUAAAGGCCAGCGUGCAGCAGGAAAGCUAUAUUUCUGCCCGUAUCUCACUGGGAGCUCUAUGUCACACUCUACAGGAUUUCUAUAGCCACAGUAACUGGGUGGAACUGGGAAGCACUGCUCCUUUCAGCACACUGAUCAAACCUGACCUUCCUCUCAACAAUAUAGCAGGCCCCAGCACACCUACAUGCAAAAGCUGCACUGGACCAAACUGUGUUGAUAACAUUCUCCCAGAAAUACUGCUGCAAAAGAAACUAACCUCAGGAUAUUUCAGUAUUUACUCCUCCACAAAACCUGCUGGCAAAUGUAGCCAUGGUGGCUUUCUUGACAGGACCAGUUCAAGAGAACCCACAGGAGGCAUUAAUAAAGAUGACAUCAGUUCAGAGCAUGGCUUCCUUCACCAGCGAGCUGCUGACAUGGCCAUCAGUGCUACUAUGGAAGUGCUGCAAGACAUCCGACUGGCAAUAGGCGACCAAGCCUUUCUUCGACUGAUGGGCCUAAAACAGACCUCAGUUCUGGCUUUUGUGAUUGACACCACGGGCAGCAUGUCUGAUGAUAUUGAAGAGGCCAAGAGAGUGUCCUUCAGUAUCAUAGACAGCAGGAGAGGAACAUCAGAGGAACCUUCAGAAUACAUUCUAGUCCCAUUUAAUGAUCCAGAUUUUGGACCUCUGACAAGGACUGAGGAUGCAGAUCUUUUCAAAGAGAGAAUCAAUUCUCUUUCAGCAUUUGGUGGAGGAGACUUUCCAGAGAUGUGCUUGUCAGGACUGCUGCUGGCACUAGCAGGAGCUCCUCUAUCUUCAGACAUUUUUGUUUUCACUGAUGCCUCAGCAAAGGACACAGAAUUAAAAAGCACAGUUCAAGCCACGAUUGAACGCACCAAAUCAACAGUCACUUUCAUGCUGACUAACCCCUUCUUAUUCCGUAGAAGAAGGGAUGCCUCACAAUCUCAAGGUUCUACAUCAAGAUCAAUACCUCUGUCAGACAUACAGCUGUACAGAGAUCUGGCCCAUGUUUCUGGUGGACAGACCAUAGAGGUCACAAGAGCUACUCUGUCUCAGGCCACUGCAGUCAUUACAGAUGCAUCUACCUCAGCCCUUGUGACGCUUUUUCAGGUGGUAAGAAAUCCAGCCAUUGCAGAAAACUUUACCUUUGUCUUAGAUCCAUCUCUGUCCAAUGUGACUGUGUAUGUCACUGGAGACUCUCCAGUCUUCACCAUAUACAGCCCGACAGGUGUGUCUCAGUCAGGUUCAGUGACAGAUGGUCCUCUGGGCAGCAUCCUGACUGUAGGGAAUCUAAAGAGAGUAAAACUCAACCCUGACAACCAGACAGGAGAGUGGAAGAUCAGUAUUGACUCUACAAGCUUCUACAGCCUGAAAGUCACGGGUCAGAGUUCUGUGAACUUUCUCUUUAACUUUGUGCAGCGGUUAGAAGGGGGUGACUUCACACCGAAAGCCAAUCGUCCUUUCACUGGUCGGAAUGCUACUUUGUUUGUCUCUGUGACUGGAGGAGAUUCAAUCACAGUGACUGACGUGCUUCUGGUUGAAGCUUCAGGAUCUGAUGUUGUUACUGGGACUAUCAAAGCUGUCGGUGCGACAGACUUCCUGGUCAACAUUGACAGAAUCCCAGAGUGGGCGUUUGUGGUGCAGCUGAAGGGGCUGUUGAAUGACUCUACUCGAUCUUUGCCUAGUCAGUUCCUGAGACAGUCACCCACCCAGCAACAAGGAUCUAGAUUUACUAUCACGGCCCAACCAAACAGCACUAUAGAGCCUGGAACCCCCUUUGUUCUCAACUUUACAUUGGUCACUAAUGCUACAGGCAUCAGCUACACUAUCCGAGCUCGGACAGACCGCAGCUUCAGCGUGUCUUUCCCCAGUUCUCUGGAUGCAGGGACAGACGGAAGUGCUCAGGGAACUGUAACACUGACUGCACCCUCCAACACAGAGUCAGGGACGGAUGUCACACUCACUAUUGAGGCAGAAGAUCCAGAGUCUGGUGACUCAAAUUACAUGGCACUGCGGUUCACUGUCAUGACUAAGGUCACGGAUUUCUCUAGCCCUGUCUGUCAGGUAGUGAGCAUCAAAGCUGACUGUCCUGUGGAAUGCAGCAGAGCAUCAUGGGAACUCUCUACCAACAUAACAGACGUUAAUGGUACAGGCAUAGCCGGAGUGUCCCUCAGUCGUGGCAAUGGCUCUCUCAGCUUAAGCAAUGUGAUGAGUGUGGAUGGCACAGAUGUGACUGUGGCUUUCUACAAUGCUUCCUGUUGUUCUCUGGAAGUAGAGCUUGUAGCUGUGGACAGGGUAGGAAACGUGGGUACAUGUUUCACCUCUAUAAAGAGCCCUUCUACAACUGUUAGCCCCAAUGGAACUUCAACUGUUAGCCUCAAUGGAUCUACAACUGUUAGCCUCAAUGGAUCUACAACUGUUAGCCCCAAUGGAACUUCAACUGUUAGCCUCAAUGGAUCUACAACUGUUAGCCUCAAUGGAUCUACAACUGUUAGAUCAUAUUCUGUGUCCUUCUCCAUGUGUGUUUCUCUAGUAGGGUUAUUAGUUUCUUUUCUGUAUGGAUGA